CUCUGUGUUCAAGACGCCUACAUGUGCGUGUUAUUAGUGAGAAUUCACCGUAACGACUACGGAAGCAAAAAUUCGAGAGGCGGAUUCUACGUUGAACCUCGAAACCGCUGUAGACUAAUAACAAGGGGAACGAGAAAUUGUACUACUUGUAUUUGUAUCUUCACAACAAAAAGAAGCCACAAAAGCUUUUCAUAUUUUUUUCUGAAAGUCUAAUUGACAAAGUAACCGGCAUCAGUCGCCAAGCCUACUGCGGCUCCCAUACUGUCACACUCAGCCUUUGCUUUUCAGAUCCAGCCCAGCAUCCAUAUUUUUUGUGCAUCCCUGUGUGUGGGUAUAGGGAGUGGCAACCUUCUGAUGAAUCAACCGAUCCGCGGACCCCUCUCCUGGAACAAAAUAAGUUCGCCGGUUUUUAUAUACAUUUAUCAGUAAAUUCGACAUAAAAGCUAUAAUGGGGAGAGAUUGCCACCAUUCCAUCUUCUAGUGCCUCAAACAGAAAGCCUUCAAAGGGACUUUCUCAUCCCUGUACAUAUCCCCUCUACAUGAUGAACAUGCUGAAGUCCAGUGGACUGAAGAUCCCUGGAAGGGGUCCAAAGCACUCCCCUGGCCCUUUGGGACGAUCUUCUGCUGGGGGGUCUUCGUCUGGCACAUUGGGCCAGAAAGACAAUCCUCCACACAAGCAGACCUCCCCACUCCCCAGCAGCAAUGCCUCGGACAAGUCGAGCUCCAAGACGUCUGAGGUUGGGGAUGAUGUCUUGGGGGACUACGUUGUUGGCGAAAGUGUCUGGGUCAAUGGGGUCAAACCAGGCGUGAUCGCCUACCUGGGCGAGACUCAGUUCGCCCCUGGACAGUGGGCAGGAGUGGUUCUCAAUGACUUGUUGGGGAAAAACGACGGCUCCGUGGGUGGCGUGCGUUACUUUGAGUGCCAGCCCCACCAGGGCAUCUUCACACGGCCUUCCAAGCUCACCCGACAACCCGUGGGCGAUGGAAGCGAUGGCCAUGCCAAUGAUUCGCUGACUGCUCAGAACCUGACCCUCCAUGGUGGCAAUGGCGCCUCACCUGCUAGUCAACGCGUUGUAAUGCCACUCAGGGAAGGCAUGCUCAACAGCUCGGUGAAGACCGGUAAUGAGUCUGGGUCAAACAUGUCCGACAGUGGCUCAGUCAAGAAAGGUGGGGAUAAAGACCUUCGAGUGGGAGACCGUGUAUUGGUGGGGGGCACUAAGACAGGGGUUGUUCGCUACGUGGGGGAGACUGACUUUGCCAAGGGCGAGUGGUGUGGUGUGGAGCUGGACGAGCCCCUGGGGAAGAAUGACGGUGCGGUGGCUGGAACCAGGUACUUCCAGUGCCCACCCAAGUUUGGUCUGUUUGCGCCCAUCCACAAGGUGAUCCGCAUUGGCUUCCCGUCCACGAGCCCGGCCAAGGCCAAAAAGAGCAAACGUAUGGCCAUGGGAGUGUCAUCGUUGGCGCACAGCCCCAGCAGUUCAUCCAUCAGCUCUGUUAGUUCUGUGGCUUCCUCAGUGGGUGGGCGACCCAGCCGCACGGGCCUGCUUACAGAAACAUCAUCACGAUACGCCCGCAAAAUCUCGGGCACCACUGCGCUGCAGGAGGCACUGAAGGAGAAGCAGCAACACAUUGAGCAGCUGCUGGCCGAGAGGGACCUUGAGCGUGCCGAGGUUGCCAAGGCCACCAGCCACAUCUGCGAGGUGGAGAAGGAACUCAGUGCCCUCAAAGCCCAGCAACUACAGUAUGUCACAGAGACAGAGAACAACCUCCAGCAAGUAAAAACUCUUUUGGCCAACACUCAAAAGGACAAAGUAGAGCUGGCCAAUCAGCUUGAAGAAGAGAAAAGGAAAGUGGAAGACCUUCAGUUCAGAGUGGAGGAGGAGUCCAUCACCAAAGGAGACCUUGAGACUCAGACGAAAUUGGAGCAUGCCCGUAUUCGGCAGCUUGAGCAGAAUCUGUUCCUUGAAAAGUCGAGAGCAGAAAAGCUUCAGAAAGAAUUAGAGGAGAAGAGGCAAAGUACAGUUGAAGAGAAGAGCCGCGUAAUCCAACUGGAGGAGGAGCUGGCUUUGCGGCGGGCUGAGAUUGAGGAGCUCCAGGUCCAACUCCGGGACCCAGACUUCCCUUCCAAAACAGCCGAGGCCGCGGAUCCCACCCAGGGGCUGGUGGCCCAGUCAGAGACCCUCAUGCUCCGGGAGCAGCUCCUAACAGUGGGACGGGAACAUCACCGGGAGAGCAUUCAGCUGAGAGAGAAGUACGAGGCAUUAGUGGCAGCGGGGCAGGAGGAGAUAGACAGACUGAAAGCCAUGGUGGAUAAACAGAGCCACGACAACAUUGAGCUGAAACAGAGACUCCAGCAGGCAACCACAGAGAACAUGGAAAUGAUGGACAACUGGAAGGUCAAACUAGACACUCUUGUCAAUGAUCACCAGCGUUCCCUGGAAGACCUGAAGGCCACGUUAUCGAGCCGUAAUGGCUCAGCUGAGAGCCAGGAACCCCAGGAGCUCAUAACCAGUCUGGAAAGUCUGCGCAUGGAGCACCAGCUGGAGCUGGAGAACCUCAAGGCCAGGCAAGAGAUUGAGGUGGCCAUGCUGACCAAGGAGCGUGAGGAUCUGCGCUCACGCCUUCAGUAUGCUGUGGACCAAUUGGGUGACAGCAGCCAGAACUGGAAGAACCAGGCCCAGACGGAGGCCAGGACCACACAACAGGCCCUUCAGCUGAGAGAUGCCAGAGAGGAGCUCCAAAAAGCCCAUCUGAGGGUAAAUGAGCUGGAAAGGCUGCAUUGCGAUCAGGACAGGGCUCAAGAUGAGCUCCGGGAGCGCCUGGAACUGGCUGAGAAGAAGAUAGAGGACUAUGAGGCCCUGCAGAAAGCUGAGGCCCAGAGCCGGGCCGAGAUCCAUAGCCUAGAAGAGAAGCUGAGGGUGACUGAGAACCAGCUGCAGGCAUUGCAUGAUGACCACAUGCCACAGGAAGCCAAUGUUAUAGAAAUUAAUGACAUCUCAGAGGAGAAGAUGAAGCUAAAACAGAAUGUUGAAGAAACUAUGGAGAAUCUGAACAAAAGGGACAAAGAUGUCUUCAGUCUCACAUCACAGGUUGAAACCCUCAAAUCCCAGAUAACUGCCUUGGAGGGAAAAGUUCGCUCAGGUGAGAAGAGAACAGACGCCCUUGUCAAGGAGAAGAUACGCCUGGAAGCCGACCUUGAGUCCAUGACCAAGAAGUCCCAUGAUGCAUCGGGGCAGCUGGUCGUCAUUAGCCAGGAGCUGUUGAAGAAAGAGAGGAGUCUGAAUGAGUUGAGAGUGUUACUGCUGGAUUCCCCUCGCCACUCGUCUGGUUUAGACAGAGAUCUAAGUCGAGAGGUGCACAAAGCUGAGUGGAGGGUGAAAGAGCAGAAACUCCAGGAUGACAUCAAGACUCUGAGAGACAAACUGCUUCUACUGGGCCGGGAGAGGGGCUCAUCUCCAGACCACCGGCGCUACUCUAUGCUGGACCCAUCUGCCCUGGACUCUGAAGUGACCCGUCUUCGCCAACGGCUCCUAAGCACAGAGGAGGCCCUGAGGGGAGCCUUGGAGCACAACCAGGAAGUGGACCAGUUAGUGCAGGCGAUGCGCACACGCCCAGAGAAGAGCCAGGUGCAUGGUGAUGCCAGUUCAGCCAAUGGAAUUCAUCAACAGGAUUCUUCCUUUCCUCAAGAUGUAGGUUUUAACUCAUCAUUAUAGCACAUCAACUACACUUUAUACAACAUUAAAGACACAUUUCGCAAUACUUGCCCAAUGCAGCGCUGCCGAGUCAAGUGGCUCUGUUGAGUCAUUACGGGUCCACUAACGUUUGUUUGAUGUUUUUGUAAUGUAUUUGCCGAUAUGUGCCCCAUGUCAUCAGAACCAUUUGCUUUCAAACUUGGAAUUUCAUGGCUUACUGAGGUAUGAUAGUAAUUCUCCUUUAAUUAUGCACAUAUAAAAAAACGUAUUACACAUCCAGCUCAAAAUGCGAAGUUUGCAAAAGUAUGCAUUCUAAGAACCGAUUUUCUGAUCAAAGAUAAAGACUACACUGUAAAAAAAAAGAAUAUAUAUUUGUUACAGUAAAUGACUGUAGUACAGCAGUAAGUAGUCUGUUAAUGUUUUGUCUUGUAUAGUUCUGCCUUUGCAUUGUUAUUUUCUGUUAAUGUUCUGUAUUCUCAUUCUAUGUUGUGUGUGUGUGUGUUUCUAUGUGUGUUUGUUUGUUAUGUUUGCCAGUAACUCAUUGGAAUGCUAAUAAUGUCAUCCUGUAUAUUCUGAAUACACUAGAUUAGAAUGCUUUGUGGAAAAAUAUUCAACAUCCACAAAACAUUAGUUGUAUUUUUGACAUUGCCGUAAAUAAUGCUGUGCACAACACUGUAGUCAUUUGCUUACUGUUUGUGAAUAUUUUAACACAGAAUCCACUUGGGGGAUCAAAGCAAAUCCCCUGAAGUAAGAGAGAGAACAUUUUGGCAAAUUUUGAUCUUAUAUGCAAUAUUUUGUUCUUAUAAAUAGUUGAUUUUUAAAUUGUUGUAUUUCAUGUGCAUUGCUUAUCACUGACAGGCUCACCAGGCAUGUCCUCUGGGGCCCCAAAUUCAGCAUAACACGACCCUGUGUUAGCUCUCCUAACCCGUCACAUUAAUUAUCUAACUAAUUUGCAACAUAAAUAAACUGUUCAUCCCUGACAAGCCAUCAUUUUUUACUUCACCCGUAACAGAAUAACAAAUCAAUCUCUAAGACCAUACACGCUAGAGCCACCAUCCAAUCCCCCAACUUAAAGUUUUUUGUAACCAGUGAUCAUCUAAAGUGAAGUGUGCCAAUAUCUACUGCAUGACGCUUACUUGAUUUAGUUACUUUCCUAUACAAAUUAAAAAAAAUCAUGUUUUUGCAUUUAUAAUGGAUAUAAAAUGUCUACACACCCUUACUGAAAAUGCAGCUUAUGUUUACGUACAGGAUGAAAUCAAGACAGAUCAUGUCAGACCUUUUUUCACCUUUAUUAAGAUCUUAUAACAAACAAUAUUUAAGUGAAAAACAAAUGGAAUAUUACUCAGAAACAUAAUACAAAUUAAAAAGCUGUCAAUGCCUUGGUGUGCACACCUCUCCUCUAAUACUUAAUGAAAUAACCUUUUUUGCUCUUUGUUGUGGGUGUUAUUUUAAUCCUUAAAAUAUGGUGGUUGAUCUUUUACUGUAUGUUAUAAAGCUAUUUUUAACAGGAAAAGAUGGUCAUUGAUAUUUUAUGUUAUGGAGAUAUUUUCCCUCCACCUUUUCUGUGGUCCUCAUUAACUUUAAUAAGUAUCAAGACAUUUUAGCCAAAAACCUUGUUGCCUCUGUCACUCUCAAACUUGUUCUUGCCUUCAGCAAGACCAUAAUCUCAAGAACACAUACAAAUCCACAAAGAAACAGUUCUCAAUCUCCAGACAUAACUCUGUUGAAACCUGUAUUUUAAAUAGAAGAGGCCAGUCCAUGCAUCCCAGGGUGUUCCCCAGUUAGUGUCAUUAUCCUUGUAAAUGAAAGGUGAUGGAGUAUUGAGGUAUUGGAUAAAUUAGAAAUAUAAAAACACAUAUUUCUCAAUAAGCAAUAACCAAUUGUAAAUAUGCAUCAUAGGUCUACUCAUUGUUAACAGCUUUUUUAUCAUAUGGCUUGAAAAGUUUCUCAAUGAAUCACAAUGCUUGUUUUGACCAACCUGUUUUUUAAAAGAAAAUCUUUGUUAUGGUGUAAUAUGACAGAACAUUACCUUGCCCAAAUCCAUGUAAUAACAAUAAUGUCUGUAAAAUACUAACCCUUCCUCUCCUUAAUUAAUUCAAUUUACUGUAGCAUUUAAUUUAAUUGAGCAAUACAAUACAUUACAAUACAUUGUAAAUCAUAUUGUGUUUUAGCAUUGAUUUUACUGUUACUUACUGGUAGCCAGUUCACUGUAAGUUACCAUAAAACACUUGUACCAAAGAGUUACCAUAUAUCACCAACAUUAGCACUAUUAAUACUGAGAAUCAAUUAAAAAUUGUGAAAUAAGGUAAAGGUAAACUGGCUGACAGUAAACUACAGUAGGAUAUGUUUUACAGUUUAGGCCUUUGCUCAAUAGAGAAGCUCCAUUGGAGAUUUUUAGGCCAAGCCAGGGCUUAAUCUGAACCCUAAAUUAAUAUUUUGACUUUUAUAUUUGAUCUUUCUUCUUCAAUUUCAUGACUUGUG